AUGCAGGUGGCUGGCAACUACAACUUCGGCUACAAGGAGCACCACCCCAGUGGUGCCACCUUCCGUCAGGAGACCGGCAAUCCUUGGGGUCACAAGGUCGGCUCGUACGGCAUCGCGGACGCUGACGGACGCUACCGCCUAGUCAAGUAUGUCGCAGACACCAACGGAUUUCGCGUCCACAUUUCCACCAACGAACCAGGAACGGCAGCUUCCAGUCCUGCCGGAGCUGGUAUCAACGCUCCCGUGGCGCUGUCCGCGGCACCCGCUGUGGAACCUCUGCUUCUCGAGCCCUCCACACCACUCGGAGUUGUGGCUAAAGCCGUGCCUGCGGUGACCGCAGCCCACGUCUAUGGACCGCCUAUAGUAGGGCCCAUCCUCAAGCCAGCUGCACCACUGAAUGGCUUCAGGCCAGUCUACGCGAAGAAGUCGUAUGCACCGGUGGUGGUACCAGCUGGUCGCGAAGUUGAGUAUGAUGCCCGGGACGACAGGCACUGGUAA